AUGGUAGCAGAUCAUUUUCCAGAUGGUAUAUACCUCAGUCAAGGUAAAUAUGCUCAAGAGAUUUUGCAAUGCAGCAACAUGUUAUGCUCUCGAGCCGUACAUACUCCUCUAGCUCAAAAGCAUGGGCUUCAUGAAGCAACUGGAUCCUCCGCCGAUUCCACCAAGUACCGCAGCAUUGUAGGAGCUCUACAAUAUCUAACAGUCACCAGGCCUGAGCUUUCUCAUGCGGUGAAUCUGGUUUGUCAGUUUAUGCAGUCUCUUUACCAUGCUACAUUUUGGCCUAAGGAACACUUCAAAGCGUCCCUUAGCCUUGUUGGGUUUUCCGAUUCUGAUUGGACUGGCUGCCCGAUUAACCAGGCGUUCUACAACAGGGUUGUAUGUAUUUUUGGGGGUCGAAUUGCAUUUCCUGGUAAGCAGCAAACAAUACUUCACUAUCAAUCUGGGGAGAAACCUUUUAUCUGGAUAGCAACUUCUUGCUCUGGAGUCGGUACUCAAAUUAGCAGGCACCAGCAUCCUGUUGCACGACAGAUUGCUAUUAUAGCUUUCUCG